UCGAACUAUAGAACAAAGAUGGCUGCAUUGGUCAAAAAAAUCUUCCGGCUGCGAAGGUCCGGUGUUUACUUUCACCGCAUGAUUGCAUUCAGAAAAGAAAUAUGUCAAGCAAGAUGUUUCAGUUAUGCGAAAGAGUCUAUUGCAAUAACUUACUCCGACUUCGGAGACCCUAGGAAAGUCCUAAGAAAGGAAAUCAUUCCAAUGCCGACAAAGCUGGAAAGCUCUCAAAUUCUUGUGAAGAUGCUGAUGGCUCCCAUAAAUCCGUCAGAUAUCAACAUGAUAGAAGGUACAUACCAUAUUAGACCAACAUUACCUUCUCUCGUAGGCAACGAAGGGGUAGGAGAGGUUGUCGAUGUAGGGGAUGGUGUCAAAAACUUGCAGAAGGGAGAUUGGGUGUUGCCGGCUCAUUCUGCCUGGGGUACAUGGAGAACACAUGCAUUAUGUGAGGAGUCUAGUGUAGAAAAGGUCGACAACGACAUUCCUGUUCUCGGUGCUGCAACGCUGGCUGUCAACCCGUGUACCGCCUACCGAAUGCUGAAAGAUUUUUUUCCUGUAAAGCAGGGAGACAUUGUAAUUCAGAAUGGUGCCAACAGUUCUGUUGGACAAUGUGUCAUUCAACUGGCGAAAGAAUGGGGAAUUCACACUGUAAACAUUGUAAGAGACAGACCUGAUUGUAAUCAAUUGACAAACAACCUAAAAGAUCUAGGAGCUACACAUGUUGUGACAGAAGAAUUUGCUUCAUCGCGAGGAAUGAGGGACUUUGUGGCAAGCUUACCUAAAGCACCAGUAUUGGCUUUGAAUUGUGUUGGAGGACGAAGUGCAACUGAACUAACACGUUUUUUAGGUCAAAAUGGUGUUAUGGUAACAUACGGGGGAAUGUCAAAGAAGCCGGUUGUUGUUCCAACAGGUGCAUUUAUCUUUAAAGAAAUUCGUUUAGCAGGAUAUUGGAACACGCAGUGGAAUACAAUAAACAGUAAAUCUCCAGAAAAGUUAAAAAUGUAUAAGGAUCUAUGUGACUUGAUUCGAGCUGGUAAAUUUCUGCCUCCAGAAAGUGAUCUUACUUCCAUUGACAAGUUUGAGGAUGCAGUUGCCCAAGCAAUGGAGGGAUUUCGUAAAAAGAAGAUAGUUCUUGUGAUGGAUGAAAAAUAUUUUUAAACUCUGGCAGUGCAGUUUUUCUUUUUCAAGUGCACAUUGUUGUUUGUUAUAGUUAAUUUACCCUGAAUGAUUGUAUGCAGUCAACAAAUAGAAAACAGCAGAUUUUAGUAAUGAUUAUACGAUGCACAAAUCUAAUUUUCGACACAUUUGUAAAUAUGCAUCAUGGAUCUUAAUGAUGACUGAUAAAAUAUUGUAUUUUGACAGC